UAAGACCACAGGUCAGGAUUUAGCAAGUACUCUUCAACUGUCUCAGCUGUCAGCACCUCACUCGUCCACGAUGCAGUACAAGGCUCUCUUCUUCCUGGUAGCCCUCGGGCUGGUGCAGGGGAUCUCCGCCAGCUCCAACUCCAGCACCAACGCCAGCGUCGUCACCAGUGUCAACACCUCCGUGGCUGAAGAUGUGAACAUAUUCUCAACCCUGAUACAGGCGGCCAUCAACGCAUCGGAAACCUUCACCAACAAGACGAAGCUGGAAGAGUUGUUGAACAAGACCGAGGCGUACCUGAACCAGACGGCGGCGUCCAUCAAGGCCCAGCUCAACUCUUCUUCGUUGGCGGUGAGCGAGGCGGUCGAGGAGGAGAUGAGCAAGUUGUCCGACUCGUGGUCCAACUUCACCUCAGCCGCCGCCAACGCGACCUCCAACUCGUCCGUGAGCACCGCCAUGGCCAGCGCCCUUUCAUCCUGGGAGAACGCGACCAAGAACGCGAUCUCCGCGUGGCAGAACGCGACCAGCAACGCUUCAUCCGCGUGGGCGAACGAGACUUCAGCGUGGCAGAACGCGACCAGCAACGCGAUUUCUUCGGCUGUGACCGCAGCCAACGAAACGGCUUCUGCAUGGAAGAAUGCGACGAGCAACGCGAUUUCAGCAGCUGAGACCGCAGCCAACGAAACGGCUUCUGCAGCGGAGACCAUAGCCAACAACAUCAAUAAUGUGGUCCAGUCGUUCAUUCCAAACAUUUUUGGCUGAUUUGUUGUCAUUUCCAAAAUGUGACUGACUUGUAUUAUGGGGUAUAAUUAAAAUUCUCUCUGAGAAAUAACUCAUAUCAA